GGGAAAUCUGGUUCAAACCGGUUUCCUAUCUUAAUAUUUCAAUAUAAAAAACUAAAUAAACAUACACAGCCGUUAUUGUAUUUAACACAGCGUGAGGAGAGCACGACGGUGUCUCGCGUCCGGAAACCUUAGGUCCAGACAAAAAAAAAAAACCUGAUUUUUUUCUAAUUUUUUUUUUGUGUCCUUUGCCUACUUAAAAGCCAGGAUGCCUAAAAGAAAGGCCGAUGGAGAUAAGGCUGCCAAAGCCAAGGAAGAGCCAACCAGGCGCUCUGCAAGACUUUCUGCCAAGCCUGCUCCUCCCAAGCCAGCCCCCAAGCCUAAGAAAGCUGCCCCCAAGAAAGCAGCCAAAGGGAAGAAGGGAAAUCCUGCUGAGAAUGGAGACGCCAAGGCAGAGCAGGCGCAAAAGGCUGAAGCCGCAGCAGACGCCAAAUGAAAAGCCAAGCAAUUGUUUAAUGCUUCUGUGUCUUUGGUGACUGUACAGUUUGAAAUAACUAUUUUUUACCAAGUUUUAUAUUAAGAAUAUCGUUUAUAGUUUGUUGUUUGCCUCCAUGUCCAUUUUUAAUGAAGCCGCCCAUGCUAAAAUGUUUUGCCCUCGCUUAAUUGGUUUUCAAACUCCUGGACAGUUUUCUGGGUCUUUUAAUUAUCUUUUAGACACCAAACAUUCUCAUAAGGCAGCUAUAGUGUGUUUUAAACUGUUCUUGUGUGCUUACAGAAAUACUGUAUUUUAAUUCUUGCAUUAUGUUCUUAUUAACAUAGAUAAAACCAUAAAAGCAAUCGAUAAAUUUUUGAACAGAAAGUCAACCAUGAAUAAAUUCAGAAUAUGAAGUCUCCAAACAGUAAAAAAAAAAAAAAAAAAAAAGUUUUUAUUUUAAGUUAUAUACACCUGUAUUGGAAAGAUGAUUUGUGAAUUCUAAAAUCACUUGUUCUAAAUGGUUUUCAAUAAAAUAAAGAUUUCAGAAAAUGUA